UAUAUACUUCCAGCAUUUAACAAAUGGCAGAAGGAGGCGUCGGAUGUACAGAAUCAGAGUCUGGAUACAGCAGCCAGUAUAGUCGUUACGCUCGGAAUCAUCUUGAAAACGUGUCCAUGGAGAUCUGUACUAUAAUGACCCGGUUGGGGUACGGCGAGAUGAUGAGACGGUGGCGCGUUGAGAAGUACAGGGAGAAUGACAGGCUGUUUGCACUAUCUUGUAAAAGAAUAAGAAACAUGACUGCAAUCACAGCUGGGAGUAAGGCAGAGGGACUGACCUGCUAUUUGGAAAGCGACUGGGACAUAUUAUUGGUUCUGAAUGAUGUCUUCUGUGUGGAAGCUGAUAUCAUUGCGCUCAAUUUUUCAGACUCUAUAGAUGUGUUUAGGAUGGAUACGAUGGAUGCACGUGUAUACCCAGGGCACUGCAUACUGUUACAAGAGGGACUAGCUCCUCGUGUACGUUAUACUAUAAUUACCAAGGCUCUGUGUGAUAAUGGAAAUGGGGACGUUCUAUUAAGUAGUAGCUUAUUGCUAGAUGAAUUUUCGGCACUUCCAUUAACAAAUGACGAAUAUGUGGAGCAUCAUGAACGAGCCGGGCCGUCGCUGCCUGAAACAUUAAGAGAUGUACUUCAUGUUGACAAAGUAAUCGCACUACGUUGUUACUGCCCCAGCAUCCUACAGAGAUGGGCUGACAGACGACGUAAAUGGCCAUCACAAAAUAUAGUUCAGAAAGUAGUAUCAUUAGGAGCCUUUGUGACUCCGGUAGGGUUCAAGGGAAGCGAUUACAAGCACAUGGAGUGGAGGAUUUGUUUCAACACCGGCGAGGCAGAACUUGUAAACAACCUUAACGACACACAAGCAAAAGUAUAUGUCAUUCUUAAAAUGAUCCUCAGAGAUAUAAUAAAACCAAAUAAUAAAGAAAUAACAUCGUACGUGUUGAAAAACAUCAUAUUAUGGCAAGCUGAAAAUACUCCACAGACAGAGUUUCAUUCACGCAGCUUACUUUAUUGGUUGCAUGACGGACUGAAAAAACUUAGGACUGCUAUUGAGAAAAAACGACUUUGCUAUUACAUGAUUCCGGAAAGAAAUCUUAUGGAAGCCUGUGGUAUGCAUGAUUACCAGCAACAUAAAUGGGUAGCAGAUAUCACGGACAUGCUAGAGGAAGGGCCCAAUGUAUUCUUGAGACUGAAGAAAUUAAGAAAGGCGAUUGUCGCGUCCCCAGAGCCGAUGAUGUGGUUCAGCAAAAAAAGGAUGGAGCUAGAGAUGCUGCGGCUGGAGUAUAGGAAUAGAUAUAUGCAAAGUACAGAUGAGCAUGGGAAGGUUAGGUACUCCGAGUUCAUGCUGAAGAAGAUAGAGAACCGCAUAUUUGAUGUAAUCAACGAGGUUAAAGUGGUUGCGAUAUUGAAUGGCAGUUCUAUCAAUGAACUGCCGGAUAUUGGCCACAGAAUGCUUAUGUGAUAAUAAAUUAAUGCGCUUAUUUUGCACGUGUACCAAUGCUACAUGCACGAUAAUUUAGUCGCUGUAAACUGUUUAAUAUACAGACUGUAUACUUGCAAACUGUGUGUAUGAAAACAAUGUACACGUGCAAAGUUAUAGAUGAUAAGUCUUGUAUUGGAUAUACUCAAGGAUUUUCAGACGGCUUUACUGACAAGAGUUUCUUAGGAUGCGAAGCGAAACUAGUGCUGUGUUAAAUAUUUAUUUUUUGCAAUCUUAAAAUAAUCAUGUAAUUCCAGUAAAAACGUAAAUCUGUGUUGACAAUCAAAAUGUGUAGCAUGUAUAAUGUUACCACGCAAACAAUCUUUACAAAGUUUCCGGAUGUACCAACUGAUGAACACAGUGUGCUCGCUACAUAAAACAUACUUACAAUAAGC